AUGCAAGUGCUCCACGAUCGAUAUCGAGUCACACGUGACCUCAGCGCCACGCUUUACGGGUGUGUGGUCGCAUGCGAAGACACCCAAGGUGAGCAGAAACCUGAACCGAAAACUGCUCUGGUAUCCCCCGUCGUAGUCAAACAAGUGUCGCUAGAGCGCAUGGCAAGUGUCGUGAGAGACUUCCCUUCCGAUGGCCACAUGCCGGACAAUCCGUUCGUCGAGAAAGAGAUCGGCGACAUCCUACGCGUUGCUGGCGGACAUCCCAAUCUCGUGCAGUACAAGGACUCAUUCGUCGACCAAAAGACUUUGUACCUGGUUUUGGAAUACUGUGCGGACGGUGAUCUGUACGAUUACCUCAGUAGGCGAAAGCAGCGUACCAUGUCGUGCUCCAAUGCUCUCAGUGUUCUUUCCCAAGUGGCCAUGGGUCUGGCGUUUCUACACAAGCACGGAAUCGCACACCGCGACAUUUCGCUCGAGAAUAUCAUGCUGCACCGAGGGAGGUGCAAAAUCGGUGACUUUGGACUCGCCACACGCGCUCUCAGCGCCAGUGGCCGACACGUGGGCAAGAAAUACUACAUGGCGCCCGAGAUCGUCGCGGGCGAGACGUACGACCCCAAGGCAGCCGACGUUUGGUCGCUCGGGAUUGUGUUCUUCAUUAUGCUCACGGGCUCACCGCUCGUGUCUUUGGCAUCGAUGGCUGUCAAGUCGUUCCGUACACUACAACAGGCCGGCAUUAAGACUGUACUCCAGGCCUGGCGGGUCGAGCCAACCAUGUCAGAGAGUGCUGUGGAUCUUUUGUCGGGCAUGUUGCAGGUCGAUCCUCAGAAGCGUCUGACGGUUGCUCAGGUCUUGGAGCAUGAGGCUUUCAAUACGUCAGGGAGCUGUACCAAGACAGCCUAA